AGAAAGCUCUAAGCUAGCUGCCACAAACACGCAGGGAUGUAAAGCUCGUCUUCCACGUCGUCUUAUGUUUUGUUUCCAGUGAUUUAUCAAUACAUCGUGGAAAAACGGAGUAACUUACACCUUUUCUACCCGCUUCCGACAUUAAAUCUGCGAACAUGGCUUCGUGCGUUCCCUUCCAGACCCAGUUGUCCUCAAUCAUGGAGGUCCUGGUCAAGGCAGCGGUGGCACAAAUCUCCAAGCUGGUGGAUGACAAAUGUGCCUUCCUGCAUCUGGAAAUAUCCCGCAAACAAAGCGAGAAUGAGAUGCUGAAGAGGAAGCUGCUGCUGAUGGAGAGCAAGAAUGCGCAGCUGCAGCGGGGAUUCGAAAACUACAUGGAUCGAGGAACUGAAUUAGGAAGAAAUGUUUCACAUCCCACUAGAGACUUAAAGUUUCCUGAGAUUCAAGGAUCCGGUGUUUCCUUCACAAUUAAGGAGGAAAGUCCGGAUGAGGCGCUGUGGAUCAGUGAUUCUGCUGCAGCCAUCGGCAAUGCCGUCCCGUAUCCUGCUCAGGAGAGCCAGCAGGUCAUCCAUCCAGAUGUUACCAGACUCAAGCCUGCAGAGUACAGCGGCCCGUUCAGCUCCGGCCAGCCGCCAGUCGACAUCAGCAGCCUCCAGUUCACAGUGAAGACAGAGAAGGAGGAGGACCAGCUGUCCUUUAGACAGGACAGAUGCCAGCACCGCGUGGGGAAGCAGACUCCCACCGCUGUCGACUAUCCCGUGGACGAGCGGGAAAGUCAGCUUUGGUCAUCGAUCAUCGAAGGGAAUGAAAUUGACGCCGGGUUUCCUGAUUUCUCCAGCGUGGUGGAGGAAUAUUCCAGCUCUUUCUCUGAGCAUUCGGAUGCCACGAACAUGGCGUCCAACACCAGUAAGUCGCCCGGCGUCCAGGAGCCGUGCAACGGGGUGUACGGCGGCGAGUAUCAGAAGGACGCGCAGCUGUCGCAUUUCCAGCCCGGAAUGCAGGACAAGCAGAAGGAGCAGCUGUUCCUGCAGCGGAGCGGCUCCCACGCCGCCCAGCUGGGCCCGCCGCAGGAGGAACGGCAGAGGGAGGCGGGCGCCGAGGACGGAGCGAACGCCGCCCAGCCGGCUAACGCCUUCACCACCAGCUGCUUCUACACUCACGCCCCCCAGAAACCCGUCGCCCCUGUUUCCCGCGGCUACGCCUGCUCCCAGUGCGGCAAGUCCUUCAGCCGCCUGCACCAGUUCAAGCUGCACCAGCAGAGCCACAGGAGGAAGCGCACGUUCUGGUGCAGCGUGUGCGGAAAGAGCUUCCAGUGCUCGUCGCACCUCAGCAUCCACCACCGGACGCACACGGGGGAGAAGCCGUACGGCUGCGGACAGUGCGGGAAGCGGUUCACGCAGCAGAGCAGCCUGCGGGUGCACCAGCGCACACACAGCGGCGAGCGGCCCUACAGCUGCUCGCAGUGCGGGAAGUCCUUCAUCAUGAUGCACCACCUGAAGCGACACAGGAUCAUCCACACCUACAGCUGAGGCGCCGGCGGCUGCCACAACCAAAUGAAAGAAGCCAAUGAACCACAGCUUGUUUGUUUGUUUGAUUGACUGAGCAAAAUCCAUCUGGGCUUUCGACAGAGUGUCAGGGCCACACUAAAAAAUUAUUUUAAAAAAAACACAUUUAUGAGAAUAAAUUUAUAAUAUUAUGAAAAUAAAUUUAUACAAGAAUAAAGUCAAAAUAAAUCAAGAAUAAUGUCAUAGUAUUACAAGACUAAAGGCAUAAUAUUUUGACUUUGUUAUAU